CUUGGGCUUAAUAUCACUCACCCAUUUCUCAAACCCAACUCUUUUACUUCCAUCUCUCUCUCCUCCCUCUUUCUUAAUUCUUUCAUUCAUCUAGAAACUUUCUGAACCUCUCUCUCUCUCUGUAUUAUUCUAUGCUUCAUGGGCUCUGAAGGAUCCAGGGUGGUUGUUCCUAGGAAUUUUAGAUUAUUGGAAGAGCUCGAGAGAGGUGAAAAGGGGAUUGGGGAUGGAACUGUCAGCUAUGGCAUGGAUGAUCCAGAUGAUUUGCUAAUGCAAUCUUGGACUGGUACCAUUAUAGGUCCACCUAAUACUGUUCAUGAAGGGCGAAUCUACCAAUUGAAGCUAUUUUGUGGAAAGGAUUAUCCAGAUAAUCCACCGGCCGUUAGAUUCCAAAGUAGGAUAAACAUGACAUGUGUCAAUCCCGAAACUGGAAUGGUUGAAAGGAACCUCCUUCCCAUGCUUGCAAAAUGGCAAAGGGAAUACACAAUGGAGGAUAUAUUAACUCAAUUGAAGAAAGAAAUGAUGUCCUCACAAAAUAGGAAGCUGGUUCAGCCUCCUGAAGGGAACGAAGAGGGAAGGACAGAACAAAAGGGGCUAGUCCUGAAAUGUUGCAUUCUUUGAUUCGGAUUUUGGGCGUACGGGAGAAUCAUAUUGGUGAAUGCUGAAGGCUUCUAAGAUAGCAGUUAGCAAUUUGAAUUUGGCAAGCUCCCAAGAAGGAGCUUGGUUUUCUGAAGUAAAUGAUGUGUGUUAUGUAAGGAUGAAGCUUUGAAGGUGGAUAUUCUCAGUGUAAAUGAAUUCUUCUAUAUCAUCAACGUUUAAGCUAUAAAUGUACUUAAAAUAUAUGAGUUUGGUUAUGGGUUUU